GGGCGGAACAAGGAGGAGACUCAUUAACGCGCCAAAAUCCAAAGCACCGGACAGUCCCGGGUGUUCUCCUCCUCAGGACGUUCUGCCGAUCCUUCUAUAUAACAUGCCGGUGGCGGCCGAGCUGACAGUGCCCAGCGCUCAGGAGCAGGGAGUCAAUGGCGGGCCGCAGCACCAGGAGCCCCCGCAGGAGCGGCCGCAGCACCAGGAGCCCCCGCAGCACCAGGAGCCCCCACACGAUGAGCUGCAGUACUUGGAGCAGAUCCGGCACAUCCUUCAGCGCGGACACCGCAAAGAGGACCGUACUGGUACCGGAACCAUCUCCGUGUUCGGGAUGCAGGCUCGGUACAGCCUCCGAGAUCAGUUCCCUCUGCUGACCACAAAGCGCGUGUUCUGGAAAGGCGUGCUGGAAGAACUGCUGUGGUUUAUCAAGGGUUCUACAAAUUCAAAAGAGCUCUCUGCAAAAGGUGUGAAAAUUUGGGAUGCAAAUGGUUCCAGGGAAUUUUUGGAUAAGCAAGGAUUUGUAUCGCGUGAGGAAGGAGACCUUGGACCUGUAUAUGGAUUUCAGUGGCGACACUUUGGGGCUGAGUACGAAGGCAGUCAAACAGAUUACACAGGGAAAGGUGUGGACCAGCUACAGAGCGUGAUUGACACCAUCAAGAAAAAUCCUGAUGAUAGGAGGAUCAUCAUGUGUAGCUGGAACCCUAAAGAUCUUUCCUUGAUGGCACUGCCACCUUGUCAUGCUCUGUGCCAGUUCUAUGUGCUUAACAAUGAGCUGUCAUGCCAGUUGUACCAGCGAUCUGGAGACAUGGGCCUUGGAGUGCCAUUCAAUAUUGCCAGCUAUGCUCUAUUAACUUACAUGAUUGCACACGUCACAGGACUGAAGCUUGGUGACUUUAUCCACACUUUGGGUGAUGCUCAUGUCUACCUUAACCAUGUCGAGCCAUUGCAGAGUCAACUUCAAAGGAAACCUAAGCCAUUUCCUAAACUUAAAAUCCUACGGACAGUGGAAAACAUCAAUGACUUCAAAGCGGAAGAUUUCCAGCUUGAAGGCUACGACCCUCAUCCCACCAUUAGAAUGGAAAUGGCUGUGUGAUAUUUUCAGAAGUGUUUUUUUCUUCUUGCUGUAGUAAUUGAUGUAAAUUAUUUUAGCAUUUGUACUAAACAUGUGAAUUCGAAGCUUCUCUUCUUGGCUGUUUACUUGUAUGUGUAGCCAACGUGGUAUUAAUAUACUGUUUUAGAAAGUUUUCUUGUGUUUAAGAAAUGUAUUAUAGUCAUUAACUGGAAAGCAGACUCAUUGUGGGGGUGUGUAUCCUUAACCCCUUAGUGACCACCGAUGCAUGUUUUUACGGCGGUCACUAAGGCGCCUUAGGCUGGGCUGCUGCUUUUUUACAUGGGAGCUUCGGCCCUGCUCUAACAGCCCGGACUGGCAAGAGUGCCGGUCCGGGCUGUUUAAAACUUUACAUGGCACAGGCAAUGGCACUUGCCAGAUGUAAUGUGCCGAU